GUGGGCCUAGCAACUCCCCAUCUCCCCCGCCGAUAGUUAUAUUCCACGCGACCGUCGUCCUUCCGUCUUCUGCCAUCCGGUUGCUGUACACCUCUCGCGCUCCCCAUUUGCCAACACCCCCACCCUGCGCUAUUCCAUCGCCUUCUCCCAUAAUGCCGAAAGCGUCAUCCAGCUCCUCCUCUCGUCCAUCACUGCGCAGGAACCAGGCCUGUCUCUCCUGCCGCAAACGAAAGCUGAAAUGUGAUGCAGCACGCCCCCACUGUGGGACCUGCGUCAAGCAAUGGCAGGCCGUUGUCAGCGUCCCUCCCCCUCCUGGUUAUGCGCAUCCCACCGAGCCGCAAUGUUCGUACGAUCCCGUCGAGGGUUUGCCCCUCGCUCCAGAUGUAGACCCCUUGGACAAGAUAAGAGAUCUGGAGGAGCAAAUAUCCCACUUGCGCAAAAAAUUGAAGGGAAGCAGAAGGAGCUCUUCGCCCUCGCGCUCCGCCUCCCCUAAUCUCCUCUCCCCCCCAAUGAACCACCCACGAACGUUCUCCACUUCGUCUUCACCGCCUAUGAAGUUUUCACCGCCUGGUCCUUACUCCCCGGACUUCGAUCGUAAUGCGAAUGGGACUCACACGACCGCGGGUAUCGCAUUGCCCCAGGCAUCAUUAGAUCUGAGCGGAAUGUCCACGAAGCGCACAGCACACAGUGAAAGCCCAGAGCUUCGUGCUCAUGCCGUCUUUCCGGGCAGACGUGCAGAGGAGAUGCACAGCCUUCUCUAUCUAGGGUGGAACCCUGAUCUGCCAGAGCCGUCUGUCCUUGAGCACUACGUCGAGGUUUUCUUCAGAUGCGACCCUUGUGGCUCCCGCGUACUACACCGUCCAUCAUUCAUGACCUCGCUCCGGCUUCCGCCUACGAGCCCAGAUUUCCCACACCCUGCCAUUCUGCAUGCUAUAUGCGCCUCGGCUUCGCGAUGGGCAUCGCAAAGCUUCAUGACCUUGCCGGACGGUGCCCGGCGGGAUCGAUUUGCAGAAUAUCACGCGAACAAGACGCGGCAGUACAUUGACCGCACGAUGGCAAGUGGCGAUGACAUUUUUUCCGUUAUGCAGGCUUGCGGCCUGCUUUCGUGGUAUUUUUACGCCGAGGGGCGGUGGGUCGAAGUGUGGAUAUUCGCAGGCUUCCAAACGCGCGUCGCCGUGCCGCUUCGGCUCAACUAUCCCAAUACGUACGCCUCGCAUAACAGUGGAUCACCAGGGGCGUACCUUCCCCCGCCGAAGGACCAGCAAGAUCUUGAAUUGCGCCGUCGAACGUGGUGGAUGACCGUCCUGUUCGAUCGUAUCGUAUCCGUCGGAGGAUGGGUCCAUGGCGUGGACGAGCGCGAUAUCGGCACUGAGUUGCCCCUACGCGGUAUCGACUUCGAAACGAAUCAAAUCAUGCCUGACAACCCUCAGGAUCUGACGACGCUGAAUGUGUUUACGGAGCAUCCGUCGCAAUACACCGACUCGUUCAUACUGCUUAUCAAGGCGAUGAUGCUGUUCGGCCGAGUCACCGACUUUGGCGUGCGAGCGAACUUGCGCGCGACAGCGCUGCACCCCGAGGCUCAGAAUCCUUUCCGCCUCCCUGGAUUCGAGGAGCUGGAUAGGCUGACCUCCGUCGACUUUCUGGCGCACAUCCCGCAGAGGUACAAGAACAGCCUUGGCGACCAGGACACGCUGUACGGUGGAGGAGGCCUGGACACGGACCUGUACAUGGUCCACCUCGUGCCUCACGCAGCUACGAUCACACUGCAUAAUCCAUAUAUCGACUUUGGGGACUCGCAGUGCGUGUCGACGGCGCGCUGCAUAUCCGCAGCGCGCGCGAUCCUGACACAGCACUACGCGCUUACCGCGACGUCGUUUGACAUCACGCGACUGCACCCAUUCGCCACGAUAUGCUGGUACUUGGCUGCCGUCGUGCAAGUGCAGAUUUGCAAACACUUCAUCGAGAUCGGCGCUACGGAUCGGGAGUACGCGGUUUGGGGGGAGAUCAACGUGCUGAGGUUCGCCAUGACGGAAUACGGCAAGCGUUCGCCCAUAGGGACUCGGCAAGAAAAGCUCCUGCAGGGCCUGAUGACCGAAAUUGUGCGCAUGACGACGCAGCAGCAGCCGCUCGAGGUCGGCAUCCCGCUGUACCCCUUCUCUCACGCGGGCGUCUUCAACAAGGCGGCGAGCGGCAGAGACGACGAGGUGAUGCAGUCGCACGUCGCUCCGCUGCCUGUGAGCCCGUCGUAUGAUGACGAGCUGUCGCCGGUGGCGUCUCAUGGCCCACUGCCGCCUAUACCCCCGACGAUGAUCGUCUCGCCCUCCGAGGGCAGCCCGUGGGUGCUGAACGAUGUGUCCCAGCGACCAUAUACGCAGUGAAGUCUUUUUUUUCUUCUUCCUUUUCCUUCCCUUUCUCUCUCUAUCGGUCGUUAUGAAUGGAACACUCCGUAUGUACGCGUACGACACCUAUGCUUGUUUUCGUUGCCUAAAUUCGCGCCAGAAGUUCUUGUAGCCAUUGUACCUCGUAGAUUCGAUCGCACCCGGAUAAUUCCUUUCGUUCUUCUGAUGCUCCCGUAUAUAUCUUCUACAUACGCGAGCUGGUGAUUGUUGUCUCCAUGUUUUUUUCUGCUGCUAUUUGUACGUUACACAGAUGGAAUACGUGAAUAGAGAAGGGGUAUGGACUGUGUUUAACC